AUGCCGUCUCAUUUCGAUACACUUCAAUUGCAUGCUGGUCAACCAGUUGAAAAACCACAUCAACCAAGAGCACCACCAAUUUAUGCUACUACCUCAUAUGUCUUCAAUGACUCCAAACACGGUGCUCAAUUGUUUGGUUUGGAAACCCCAGGUUAUAUCUACUCCAGAAUCAUGAACCCAACCAAUGACGUCUUUGAACAAAGAAUGGCUGCUUUGGAAGGUGGUGUUGGUGCUUUGGCCACUUCUUCUGGUCAAUCUGCCCAAUUCUUGGCUAUUGCCGGUUUGGCUCACGCUGGUGACAAUAUUAUCAGUACCUCUUACUUGUAUGGUGGUACUUACAACCAAUUCAAAGUUGCCUUUAAACGUUUAGGUAUUGAAACCAAGUUUGUUAACGGUGACAAACCAGAAGACUUUGCCAAGUUGAUUGACGACAAAACCAAGGCCAUUUAUCUUGAAUCCAUUGGUAAUCCAAAAUACAAUGUUCCAGACUUCGAAAAAAUCACCAAGAUUGCUCAUGACAAUGGUAUCCCAGUUGUUGUUGAUAACACUUUCGGUGCUGGUGGUUUCUUAGUUAACCCACUUAAACAUGGUGCUGACAUUGUUGUCCAUUCUGCUACUAAAUGGAUUGGUGGUCACGGUACUACCAUUGCUGGUGUCAUUGUUGAUUCUGGUAACUUCCCAUGGACUGAAUACCCAGAAAAAUUCCCACAAUUCUCCAAGCCAUCAGAAGGUUACCACGGGUUGGUCUUGAAUGAUGCCUUAGGUAAAGCUGCUUAUAUUGGUCACGUCAGAAUUGAAUUGUUGAGAGACUUGGGUCCAGCUUUGAACCCAUUCGGUUCAUUCUUGUUGUUGCAAGGUUUGGAAACUUUAUCAUUGAGAGUUGAAAGACAAUCUGAAAACGCUUUGAAAUUGGCCCAAUGGUUAGAAAAGCACCCACAAGUUGAAUCUGUCUCAUACUUGGGUUUGCCAUCACACGAAUCUCAUGAAUUGAGUAAAAAAUACUUUAACAACGAUGCUAAAUACUUUGGUGGUGCUUUAGCUUUUUCUGUUAAAGAUAUUGAAAACACCACCAACGACCCAUUCAACGAAGCCUCUGCUAAAUUGGUCGACAACUUGGAAAUUGCUUCCAACUUGGCCAAUGUUGGUGACUCAAAGACUUUGGUUAUUGCUCCAUGGUUCACUACCCAUCAACAAUUGUCUGACGAAGAAAAAUUGGCUUCCGGUGUCACCAAGGGUUUGAUUAGAGUUUCAAUUGGUACUGAAUUUAUUGAUGAUAUCAUAAACGAUUUUGACAAAGCCUUCAAAAAAGUUUACAACUAA